AGUGGGUCGUCUUGUGGCGCCGGUUUUUAUUUGAUAUUUAGUUACAGCGGCUUUGCUUUGGCAUUUCUUUAAAAGAAGUGUAGUGAAAUUAUUAUAUCAGAAAUAAUUUAUGAAAAUGUCCAAACCACCAUAUAAAGUUGCUGAUUUGAAACUAGCUGAAUGGGGGCGAAGAGAAAUUACAUUGGCAGAAAAUGAAAUGCCAGGAUUGAUGAGCCUCCGUAAGAAGUAUGCAGAUAAUAAGAUAUUGAAAGGUGCCAAAAUAGCAGGAUGUCUCCAUAUGACUAUACAAACUGCUGUAUUAAUUGAAACUCUUGUAGAACUAGGUGCAGAGGUGCAAUGGUCUAGUUGCAACAUCUUCAGCACGCAAGACCAUGCUGCUGCCGCUAUAGCAAAGACUGGAGUGCCAGUGUAUGCAUGGAAAGGCGAAACCGAUGAAGAGUAUGUCUGGUGCAUUGAACAGACCCUUUUAUUUCCCGACGGAAAACCUUUCAACUUAAUUCUUGAUGAUGGAGGUGACUUAACUAAUUUAGUGCACAAGAAAUAUCCUCAGUAUCUGAAGGACUGCAAAGGUAUCAGCGAAGAAACUACGACUGGUGUUCACAACCUCUACAAAAUGUUUAAAGAGGGCACCUUGAAGGUUCCCGCUAUUAACGUCAAUGAUUCUGUAACGAAAAGCAAAUUCGAUAAUUUGUAUGGUUGUCGGGAAUCAUUGAUAGAUGGCAUCAAGAGAGCGACUGAUAUUAUGCUUGCUGGAAAAGUAUGUGUCGUUGCUGGAUACGGUGAUGUGGGGAAGGGAUGUGCUCAGUCUUUAAGGGCCUUUGGAGGAAGAGUGAUUAUUACUGAAAUCGAUCCUAUUAAUGCUUUACAAGCAGCUAUGGAAGGUUACGAGGUAACAACUAUGGACGAAGCAUCCAAAGAGGGCCAAAUAUUCGUAACGACAACGGGCUGCAAAGACAUAAUCUUGGAGCGACACUUCAACAACAUGCGAAAUGACAGCAUCGUGUGCAACAUUGGUCACUUUGAUUGCGAGCUUGACGUAGCCUGGUUGGAGAAAAACUCAAAGGAAAAAAUCGCUAUCAAACCACAAGUAGACAGAUACUUGCUGCCAAACGGAAACCACAUUAUCGUGCUCGCCGAAGGCCGUUUAGUCAAUUUAGGUUGUGCUACGGGACAUUCGUCGUUCGUCAUGUCGAACUCUUUCACGAAUCAGGUUCUAGCUCAAAUCGAACUGUGGACGAAACCAGGACAGUACGCAGUUGGCGUUCACAUGUUACCCAAGCUUCUCGACGAAGAAGUAGCUAGGCUUCAUUUGGAACAUUUAGGGGUGAAAUUAACGAAGUUGACGCAGGAACAGUCCAAGUAUUUAGGGGUGCCAGUAAACGGACCGUUCAAGCCUGAUCAUUACAGAUACUAGAUUGAUUUUUUUUUGUUGACUGGUCAGUAAUGUAUAAACUCGCUUUCAGCAAAACAGUUAUAUCAUUAGGGGGAAAUAUAUUAUAGUGUUUUUUUUUGCGACGUUAGAAUCAGUAUCUGUGUAAUUUUGCAGUGAUCAAAACCAAAUUUAUGAAUUGGUACUUAAGUCGUUUUUAUACUUAUUUUAAAUUAGUACUUACAGUUUUUUGUGGAUUAAGGACCCAAAGUGUAAUUUUGCAAUAUUUGGAUCUGUUUUUAGGCAUGAAUUUUAUCAAAAUAUAUUUUUUGUAAUUUAAAA